UAUUAUGCGUCAUUCUCAUGAUAUAUUGUUUGAUAGAUCAUCAACAUUAUGGCAAUGACAAAUACUAGUUCUGCAACUAUGAUUGUCCCUCAACUUCUAAAAAGGGGCAAUUAUAAGAGUUGGAGCAUUUUCAUGGAAGAUUAUUUGAUUUCUCAAGAGCUUUGGGAUGGUAUUAUUGUUCCAUUCAGCGCUGAUCAACCGCUGGCGCCUAGCGAAUCUGAGCAGAGAAGAAGGAAUGCUGCCGCUCUGAAUGCCAUUAAGAUUUCAUGCGGACCAGAAAGCUUUGUUUGUAUAAAGUAUACCCGUUCAGCAAAAGAUGCUUUAGAUAUGUUAGCCGAAAUGCAUAAAACAGAACCUGAAACUGAUGAAAGCACUCCAAAGGCAAGCAAUCCUCCGCUUUGGGUGUCAAGUACGAUUGUCCCUGAACUUCUAGAAAGAGGCAACUAUGAGAGGUGGAGUAUCUUCGUGAAAAACUACUUAGUUUCACAAGAUCUUUGGGUGGUUACUCACCAGUUGUCAACGCCUCUUGGAGUUUCUAAAAAGGAGUGGAGAAAAAAGAAUGCUGCCGCUCUGCAUACAAUUCAGAUUUCAUGUGGACCAGAAAAAUUUAAUCAGAUAAAGAAGAUGCAUUGGGCAAUAGAAGCUUGGGAUAAGUUGAAAAGAACAAAUAUUGAAGAAGAGAAAUCAAAAACCGAUAAUUCAGAACAUGAAGAAGAAGAUGAAGAUGAAGAUGAAGAAGAAGAAGAAGAAACUCCAAAGAUUAAUGCUGCAAGUAUGAUUGUUCCUGAACUUCUAGCAAGUCACAAUUAUAAGAGAUGGAGCAUCUGUAUGAGAAGCUAUUUAGUUUCUCAAGAUCUUUGGGAUGCUGUUCUAUACAGUUGGGUGCCAGCUGGAGUUGAUAAAAAGGAGUGGAUUAAAAAGGAUGCCGCCGUUUUGCAUGCAAUUCAGAUUUCGUGUACACCAAAAAAAUUUGAUGAAAUUGGGAAAAUCACUUCUGCCAAAAUUGCCUGGAAUACCUUGAAGCAAAAACAUAUAGAAAAGCAUCCAGAAGAUGGUCCUCCCCUUGAUUUUAUUGAUUUCCUCGAAAAGCAAGGUUUGUCACCUCUCAUUCUCUCUCAUCAUUGGACUUUCAUUUUUGCAGUGUGUUUGGGAUUCUACUACAAUGGUCUUUUCUGUUAUAGUGUCCUUAAGAUUAAUUCUGCGAGGAUGACUAUCCCUGUCCCAGAACUUCUAGCAAGUGACAAUUAUAAGAGAUGGAGCAUCUAUAUGAAAAGCUAUUUAGUUUCUUUAGAUCUUUGGGAUGCUGUUCUAUACAGUUGGGUGCCAGCUGGAGUUGAUACAAAGGAGUGGAUUAAAAAGGAUGGUGCCGCUCUGCAUGCAAUUCAGAUUUCGUGUACACCAAAAAAAUUUGAUGAAAUUAAGAAAAUCACUUCCGCCAAAACUGCUUGGGAUACCUUGAAGCAAAAACAUAUAGAAAAGCAUCCAGAAGAUAGUCCUCCCCCUGAUUUUAUUGAUUCACUGAAAGAGCAAGGGUUCCAAACUAUAGAAAGGCCGCAGUCCCUAAUUCUGCAGAAUGCAAUUGACGAAGGGGAUGUUAAUACUGUAAUGGACUUUUUUAGGGGAAAUCGACGGGCAGAAAAUUUGGUAUUGUGGAUUGGUCACCCUACUCUUCAUUACGCAACUAUUGUUGGCAAGUCAAACAUUGUCAAGGCAUUGCUUGAGAGUACGCCUGCAGUGCAAAAGGAUAUAUGGGGUAAUACAGCUCUAGUAUAUGCUGCUUUGUAUGGAAGCACCGAGAUUGCAAAAUAUUUAGUUAGUAAGGAUUCCACUUUGCUUUCUAUGGAAGAUAACCUGCAACAGAUCCCAGUAGCAACUGCAUGUAGACGAGGGCAUAAGGAGGUGACAAACUUUCUCUAUUCUGAAACCCCAUUCAAAAUCCUAUUAUGCGAAAACGGAAAACAAGGAUCCCAAUUACUUACUUGGUGUUUUAGUUCCCAAAGAUUUGAUAUCAUGUUCGAUGUACUUUACCGUCAUCAAAAUUUAAUUGAUGAACAAUGGAAGGAUCUUUUGAAUGGAUUCACCCGAACACCAACAGCAUUCAGCGGUGGAAGUGGGCUAACAUUUUGGCAACGAUGGAUCUAUGAGUGUUUAAAGGUACACAUAUCUAGCGAUGUUGCUGUUGUUACCAUUGAUCAGAAAGAAAAAAAAAUUGAAGAGAUACCAUUGCCAGGCCGACUAUGGAGAUUGGCUUCAUUCAUUCUUCCAUUCUUAGGCAUAAAGCAAAUACAUGCUUUAAAGUUGAGUCAUGGCUUCGCGGGUGCGAGUCUACGUUUGAUCUGUGAGCACCUGACAAAAUUACACUUGAGUAAAUUUGAGGACACGAUUGCACUAAGGAAAGCACUUACUAGGGCGAUCGAGAAUGACAUUUAUGAUUUUUUCACUAAAGUGGUCGAAACUAAUGCUAACUCACUCCUUGCACCACUACCGGCAAAAGAUGAGACUACAAAUUCACAGUACACCACUAUAUUACAUGUGGCAGGCAAAUUGGCUUCUAAUUCUCAACUUUCUCGCAUUUCUGGUGCUGCUCUACAGAUGCAAAGAGAGAUACAAUGGUUCAAGGAGGUUGAAAGCCUUCUUAGCCAACGUCUGAAAGAUUUAAGAAACAACAAUGGUGAAACUGCUUACCAAGUUUUGGCUAGAGAGCACAAGUCUUUGCUUAAGGAAGCAGAGGAUUGGAUGAAAGGAUUAGCAAAUUCAUAUAUAAUUGUUGGUGCUCUCAUCGUUACCAUAAUGUUCGCGGCAGCUUUUACCCUUCCUGGGGGUAACGAUGAAAAUAAGGGAUUUCCAAUAUUCAAAAACAAAGCAGCAUUUCUGGUAUACAUAAUAUCCGAUGCCAUAUCUCUGUUUGCUGCAGCUGCCUCAGUAAUAAUUUUUUUGGGAUUUCUCACAUCGCGUUACAACAUGGAAGAUUUCCAAACAUCUAUUCCCAAGAAGUUGAUGGCUGGGCUUUCUACUUUGUUUGUCUCUCUUGCAGCAAUGAUGAUAGCAUUUUGCUCGGCUAUUUUUCUCAUGCUAGAAAACAGAUGGUGGAUUAUCAUUCCAUCUGUCUUACUUGCGGGCAUUCCAGUCAGCUUGUUUGCGUGGUUGCAGUUUCCUCUGCUCGUUGAGAUUUAUGUUUUAACUUACAGAUCACCAAUUUUCAGUGAGAAAAGAUCCUUGGCAAGCAAAAUAAAAGCAUUCUUCUCUGGGAAAAAGAAGAUUGAGUAGGUCUAGAUGAAUUUUUGUUUUAUGUGUCUUUAUUGGUACCGUAGCAACUCUAAGGUCCAUGCUUGGUUGUCAGUGAACAUUAAUUUUAUUGCCACUUUGUUUUUGUUAUGCAAUAGAAUUCUUCUGGUGCC